AUGCCGCAUUCACGUCCGCCUCAGUUCCCUCCCUUUUGCUCGUCUUUCAAGAAACAUCGGUCUAGUAUCGACAGCUCAAGAUUCACCGUCGACCUCACUUUGCCGAAGCCAAUCGCUGCGCCCGUCUGGGCAUCUAUUCCUACACCUCCCAUGUCCGGUUCUCCCCCACCGGAGCCACCCACGGAACCACCACAGAUUGCUGGUCGCAGAAGGAAACGAUCUCAUACCCCUCCAACGAGCACUACCGCGGUCGCCACUUCACCCAUAACCCCCUUGGAACAUACUGCACCAAGACUGGGUGCGCAAGGAAGAGGUGGUGAGACCCUCGCUGAAUUGGUCGUUCAGCCUGGUCUAUAUGGUCCGAACUAUCCACCCCCAGCGUCGUAUCCAUCCGCUUCAAGCCAACCGGGAACCUCCGUCAGCCGUCCAGAGCCUCGAUAUGCGCUGAGCCCUAUUUCUCCGCGCGCGACACGAAAACCGAAGCCGCAUGUUGCCUCAGCCUGUAUCAACUGCAAAAAGAAGCAUCUGAGGUGUGAUAAUGAACGUCCAUGCCGGAGAUGUGUCCAGAGCGGCAAAGAAGACACUUGCGUUGAUGUGGAACACAAGAAGAGAGGCCGUCCUCCUCUCAAACCAGAGGAUCCUUCUGCCAGACGACCGUUUGAAUCUGCUUUGAGUCCCAUGUCGGCUUCACUCGGAGAUCCGCUGAGAAGGAUCCCAGGAUCAGAUCCGUCGAGUUAUAUACAAUCUUCGGGAUAUCAGCGUAAUUUCAGACCUCUGCAGGCAUAUGAUCCGACUCGAUCUCAAGUGAGAGGUCCGCCAUUUCAGUCGAUGUACGCUCAACCGUCUAUUUCUCCAAGCAGCGAGACCGCGGCAGGGACCUUUGUACCGUCCUCCCGCCAAUAUCAAACUGGCCCUACGCCCCUUUCAGCACAAUCGCCUUCAUCUUACAGUCCAGCUCAGUCGGAGGCUUCAAUAAGGUCGAUUACUUCGUACACAGGUGGUUAUACCUAUCCACCUCAAGGGCAGAUGGGACCUCCAUCUCAAUUGCCUUACUCCAAUCCCAUCUUUCCACGUCGGCCUACGCCAUCAUCACUUCCAACCGAAUCGCUACCACCUUUACAAAGUCCAUCGGCUCUUCAGCUACCACCUAUUCGACGAUCUCCUCCUGGGCCAAUUGACCCGGCUAUCGCACAGCAGCCGCCACAGCACACUCAGGAAUCUCCUCGCACAGAUCAAGAGAGCAGAGAUGAUGGAACAAAAGAGCCUGACCCUAAGCGUCCCAAGAUGGAUAUUCAAGGCAUUCUCGGACCUCGGGAGUGA